AUGGCAACUAGUGCUGAAAAAAAGGGACUUCAGCCCAUCUUCGAACAAGUUUCGAAUAUUGCCACGUCUCCGGAGGUGUUUGCUGCGCCUUCUAGAGAAAUUCGAGAGAAGGUUCUUCAAUUAACCAAAUUGUUUUUUGAUCACGCCGCGUCUGAACAACGGCAGCUAUUUGAGUGUAAAAACACGAUUGAUGAGCUUAUUGUGGAUGGAUUCGAUAUAGAACAGAUAUGGCAAGAAGUUUAUAUAAACAACUUGUCUAUUUUUCCUUACAUAGAGAAACAAGUCGAUGGGCUGUUAACUGAUAGUAGAGAUUGUUCUAUUUUUGAGCAUAGCUCAAAUUCUGAUAUAGAGACUACUUUAGAAGCUAACGAAGAAGCCAAGGAAGUAGAAGAAAAUUGUUCAGAGUCUGAGUCUUGUGAGUUUUCAGGAAAUUUUUCGGAAGAAGAAGACGAUGUGCCUUCGACGGGACAUGCGCCGGGGAGUUUAGCGCAAUCUGACAAAGCAAAUUCUCGUGUACAUAAAAAGAAAAGCGAGCUAGACGAUGAGUUUUUUUGCUGGGAAGAAUGUGUUCGAUUUGCGGACGAGGGGGAAGAUGGUAAACGAGGGCUGUUGUUUGGAGAAGAAGGUUCUGAUGAUGAGGAGCUCUACAAUAUGAUGUACGGAGAUGGCUUGGCAGAUGAGGUGUAUGAAGGAGAACAUGACUCCGAGUCUUCAGGUAAAUUGGUUAGAAAAGGUGGACAAGAGAAACUAGAAUCAAUUGAUGAUGAUCAGGUGUCGAACAAGAUGGCGACUGGAAAGUCUGUUGCGAGAAGAGGUGAGGGGAAGGAUAUCGAGAAAAAUCCCAGUGAGAUAUAUUACGAAGAUUUUUUUGGAUCGCUCAAUAGUUCACGCGAAGACGAUGCAGAAGGUGAAGGAGAGCUAGAUUACGGGGACUCGGAAGAAAGUGAAUUGGAUGAGGUGGAUUUAGAAGAGGUUGAGGGAGAUCAACUAGACGAUCAGGAUUUGACCCAUUCAGCCCAGAUGAGUGAGUUUCAGCUUAAGAAUAAGGCGUUAAGAGAACAGGUCAAAUUUUUGGAACAAGAAUCCCUACUCAAUAAUGAUGCUAUGGAAAGUGACGAUCCUGAGAACCACUCAGAUGAAGACUUGGGUUUGUCUGCGUUCGCUCAGCGGCAAAAAGCUAUUCAGAAUAAGAUUCGCCAUCUUGAGAAAGAAGCUCUACGAAAAAAAGAUUGGCAGUUAUCUGGAGAAACUGAUGCCAAGAGUAGACCAGAAAACUCUCUUUUAGAGCAUGUUUUAGAAUUCGAACAUGCUACUAAACUUGUACCUACUAUUACGCAAGACGUGACUCAGACCAUUGAGGAGAUGAUCAAACACCGAAUUACAGAUGGCGCUUUUGACGAUGUCAUUAGAGUUUUAGAGGUUCCAGACAAAGGGGACUGGCGACCUCGUGCACCAAUUUUAGACCAAGAAAAGAGUUUGAAAAGUUUGGAACAAAUUUAUGAAGAUGAAUAUGUCAAACAAACCGCGGCAGUAAGCGAUGUUCAAGAAAUCACAAGAGAGCACCAGGAAUGCGCUACUUUAUUUAAGAAAAUUUGUUUCAAGCUAGACGCCCUAUCGAACGCACAUUAUUCGCCUGUUAAGUUCUUGGAAGAGCUUGAGGUGAAGCCCUUGACAGACGCCCCGGCCAUUCAAAUGGAAGAAGCGACUCCUGAUGCAGUUUCAACUGCUACCAUUCUCGCCCCAGAAGCUAUUUACGCCAGUGAGCAUAAUGGCGCGGUUCGUAGUGAGAACGAGCUGACACGCGAUGACCGUAAGAAAGCGCGUCGACUAAAGAAAAAAAGAGACACAUUCCAAAGAAAACUACAGGAACACGAAGCUAAGCGACAGGCUAAACUACAUCCGGAUAAGUUAUCUAAGCCUUCUAGCGUUUCCAAUGCCUUGGCACAAAUUGAAAAACUAGGCAAUAAAGAAGUCAACAUCAGUCAGCGCACUGACGACGUUCGUUAUCAAUCUUCUACAGCUGUUUUCAAGAAGAUUCAAGAUAGCACUAGCCGUUCAAAUUCGGCCUCUGUCCUUCCAACUUCACUCAAUCGCCAAAAAAAAAUUGGUUCAGUGGAGGCUAAAGUAUUUCUCAAAACUUCGUUUUUAUAA